AUGCCUGUUUACAUCUAUCUAUCUAUCUAUCUAUCUAUCUAUGCCUGUUCACAUCUAUUUAUCUAUAUCAUUCUUUUUCUAUCUAUCUAUCUAUCUAUCUAUCUAUCUAUCUAUCUAUCUCAUUCUUUUUCUAUCUAUCUAUCUAUCUAUCUAUCUCAUUCUUUUUCUAUCUAUCUAUCUAUGCCUCUAUGUAUCUAUCUAUCUAUCUAUCUAUCUAUCUAUCUAUCUAUCUAUGCCUGUUCACAUCUAUUUAUCUAUAUCAUUCUUUUUCUUUCUAUCUACCUAUCUAUCUAUGUCCGUUUACAUCUAUCUAUCUAUCUAUCUAUCUAUCUAUCUAUCUAUCUAUCUAUCUAUCUAUCUCGUUCUUUUUCUAUCUAUCUAUCUAUCUAUCUAUCUAUCUAUCUAUCUAUCUAUGUCUGUUUACAUCUAUUUAUCUAUGUCAUUCUUUUUCUAUCUACCUAUCUAUGCCUGUUUACAUCUAUCUAUCUAUCUAUCUAUCUAUCUAUCUAUCUAUCUAUCUAUCUAUCUAUCUAUAGUAAUCUAUCUAUCUAUCUAUCUAUCUAUCUAUCUAUCUAUCUAUCUAAAUCAGUUCAUCUAUCUAUCUAUCUAUCUAUCUGCCUGUCUGUCUGCAAAUCUAUUUCUUUUUAUAUAACUUUCCCUUUCUUCAUCUACCGCCAUCAAUUCAUAUCUAUCUAUCUAUCUAUCUAUCUAUCUAUCUAUCUAUCUAUCUAUCUAUCUAUCUAUCUAUCUCUCAGACGGUUCAUAUCUAUCUUCAUAUCUAUCCUCAAAUCUAUCUCUCUAUCUACCCGGGCGUAA